AAAAAAAAAAAAAAAAAAAAAAAACGCAAAUUUGCAGACCCAAUCCCUAAUUUGCAAACCCAUCUUUGAUAGCCCAACUUAAUUUGCAGACGCACCAGCCACCACCUCCCGGCGUCGCAAGGCACGGCAUCCUGCACUUCGCACACCCAACUUCUCCCCUCUCUCCGACAGAAUCCCUCUCUUCCAAUAAGACUUGUUCAAAAACAGAGUUCAUAUUUGUCACGAGAAUACAGAAGAGGUGUUUUUUUCAGUAUGAGUUUUGUUGCAGAAGGUUUAUGAGGUAGUUUUGGAGCAAAACAAAGCAAAGAAACCAUAUUUUUAUUUGUUUAUUUUUUGAAAGAAAAGAUGAGCGUGGUGCCAAAAGAAGCAAUUGAGGUGAUUGCACAGAGCAUUGGAAUUACCAAUUUGUCCCCUGAUGUUGCCCUGGCUCUCGCUCCCGACGUCGAAUACCGAGUCCGCGAGAUCAUGCAGGAGGCUAUUAAAUGCAUGCGGCAUUCUAGGCGAACUACCCUUACAACUGACGAUGUUGAUAGUGCACUUAAGUUAAGAAAUGUGGAGCCAAUAUAUGGCUUUGCCUCAGGAGAUUCUCUGCGGUUCAAGAGAGCUGCUGGACACAAGGAUUUGUUCUACAUCGAUGACAAGGAUGUGGAAUUUAAAGAUGUAAUUGAAGCACCUUUACCAAAAGCACCUCUUGAUGUAUCACUUACAUCUCACUGGUUAGCAAUUGAAGGAAUUCAGCCAGCGAUUCCAGAAAAUGCUCCCAGCGAAGCAUCUGCUGAUGGAAAAAAAUCCGAGAGUAAAGAAGAUGGACUUCCUAUGGACAUUAAAUUACCUGUUAAGCAUGUAAUAUCAAGGGAACUUAAGCUCUACUUUGAAAAGAUCACAGAGCUUACUAAAAACAGGUCUUGGUCUAUAAUCUUCAAACAAGCGUUGGUGAGCUUGGCAACAGAUUCGGGACUUCAUCCUUUAGUUCCCUAUUUCAUUUACUUUAUUUCUGAUGAGGUUACUCGGAAUCUCAAUAAUUUUUCUCUCCUAUUUGCUCUGAUGCGUCUUGCUCAAAGCCUUAUUCAAAAUCCACACAUACAUAUAGAACCUUAUCUUCACCAACUGAUGCCAUCAAUUAUUACCUGCCUUGUUGCGAAAAGACUAGGGAGUAGAACUUCCGAUAACCACUGGGAGCUUAGAAAUUUCGCGGCAAACCUGGUUGCUUCAAUUUGCAAAAGAUUCGGACAUGUUUAUCACAAUCUUCACCCACGUGUGACCAAAACUCUGGUUCAUGCUUUCUUGGACCCAACAAAAGCAUUUCCUCAGCAUUAUGGUGCAAUCCAAGGCUUAGCAGCUCUUGGUCCAAGCGUGGUUUGCCUGCUGAUACUACCAAAUCUUGAGCCGUAUAUGCAGCUUCUUGAACCAGAAAUGCAACUCGAAAAGCAAAAGAACGAGAUGAGACGACAUGAAGCUUGGCGUGUAUAUGGGGCCUUGAUGUGUGCAGCAGGCCAAUGCAUGCACGAACGGUUGAAGAAGUUCCGUGGUGUGUUUUCUCCGCCAUCUCGUGCCGUUUUGAGGAGCAAUGGGAAGAUUGCAGCAAUGAUGACAAAUAAACGCAAAGCAAGCACAGACAACUUGAUGCAGCAACCGCCACUGAAGAAGUUAGCCACGGACGGAAGCAUGGGGGCAAUGUCAAUGAACUCCAUGCAAGUCGACAUGCAAGGGGCCGCAGCUGGAUUUGCCACUGGUAUUGGCGCAUCCCAUGCUGGCAUCUCAUCGAUGUCUCGCCAGUUAUCGAGUGAACAAUUGUCAGGAAGAGAGUUAGGUGGUCAAACGGGAAAGACAUCUUCUGUUCUUGCUCAGGCUUGGAAAGAGAACAUGGAUGCAGGCCACUUAGUCUCGUCAUUGUUUGAGUUUUUCGGUCAAAGCAUGUUCUCCUUUACACCCAAACCGGAAUUGUCGUUCUUCUUGUGAUUGAUUCCUGCUUACUGGGAUUUUACAAGUCAAGAAUGUGUCAAUUAUCAGUUAAAUUAAGUUGAUAUUAUUUUUCCUGUUUCCUGGGGAUUACUAGAGAUUGUAGAUGUGCAUAUGUAAUAUAGUAAACUCGAUAAUCAUUCUUUCCCCUACCAGUAGAAGAAAAUAUUGGUAAAAAAGCAUCACUUCUUUUUUAUCAGAAACAUUGCAAA